AAAAUCAAUAGCCUGCAACGUUGCCGCGUUGAACAUGUCAAAGGUCGAGUGUCGGAGUUUUCACGAGAAAGCGAUUUUCGUCGCGGAGGGUGAGAAAAAAAUAAAGGGGAAAUUCAAGGAAGUCUGAUCACACGUGGGUCAUGACUACGUCGCACAUCGCGAGUACGUAGGUCGAGCGUUGAUAUCAGCAUGAGUCUCUGCCCACGGAGACGCUUUCGCAUCACUCCUAUGCGAGCUCUAGCAGCGUUCUUUUUAAUGGUCGUGCUCUUCUGGUAUAACCUCAGUCGGCAAGAGAUUCCACAGCAGCCGUGUAGCGUGCCCGAAGAAUUUACCGAGAAAUUACAUGAUCUCGCUUACAGGGCUCAUUUGGUUCUCUCUAAGUUGGGCAUCGUUCACUUUCUCUGCCUGGGCGGCCUUUGGGGUCAAGUUCGCAUAGGCCGUGCAUUGCCGUGGGCUCGCAAAGUGGAGCUAUGCUUGGUGGAUACUCUCCGCGACGAUGUCUUGAUCACGAAGGCCUUUCGAGAGGACGGUCUGAGUGCAACCUAUCUUCAUGCAGCGGGAAUUUACAGGAUACAGGAGCACGAGGUCGGCGAAGAUGCACCCAAAGUCGAAGUGGUUGUUUUCGAGGAAGACGCAGUGACACAGAUGGUGAGAAGGGUCGGCUGGACCAGAAGGGUCUUGCCUCCGGAUUGCGAGUUCUCGCCGAGUCUACAGUGUUUUCCACCGCAAUUAGUAAUACCGCCCUUACCGGCGAAACAAUUUGGCAACCGACUGAUGCCGGUGCCACGAGAAGGAAUAGAAUUACAAAAGUAUCAUUAUCCCAACGACUGGUGGCUAGAGAUCAAGCCCACUGAUUGUACUGAGCCCCAAGAGACGAAUGUAUAAUUCUUGGGAGAAAUUAAUUCUAGUGUAAUACCGUUUUCGUUAAAUUAUAACAUUUCCUAUAAUUUAAUUAAGUCUGAAUAGAAUCUAAAUAUUAUAUUUAAUUGUUUUUUGUAAACAUUGUCGAAAGAGAAAUAGCUUAAAUUAUUAAAAGAAAAUAAGUUGGCAAAUUUUAUCAUAGUCUAGAUAUUUCCUAGAAAUAGACGCGAUGAAUAAAAGAGAUGCAUGUGAUAAGGAUGAUAGGGAUAUGAAUGUUAUCUAAUUGUUUAUAUAUUUAAUUUCAGUUGAAAAAAGAGGAGAGAGUAAGUGAGUAUGAUCUGUGACUUUAAUGUGGCGACGCGAUUAUUGCUUAUAGAAAGUAUUCAAGUGUCGUUGAAGUAAAAUCUACUAAUAAUAUUAUUAGUAAUGACUGACUGCUAUAAUUAUCGUAGCGAUUAUGUAUAUUAUUAGAAUGAUAAGCAGUGUCAAUUAGAACUAAGUCAUAAUUCCCUGUUUUUUAUUCCGGACAUUUUUCUAUCAUUACCAUUUUCACUUUGAUAUCUUGUAUUUUUUCAUACUCUUUUUAGAUAUAUUUUUAUAAUUAAAUAAGAAUUUUUAUAAGCUGAAAAUUUAUAUUUACAACAAACAUUAAUUAAGAUUUUUUUUUAAUAUCUUUGCAAUGGUUUCGAAAAUUUUUUAAUUCUUUAUAAUAUAGAAAUUUUUAAAUACGUAUUUACUACCAAAAGUGCUGAGAAGAUUUAAAUACAUGUGAAUUAUAAUAUUCGUGCAUUCUUUGAAGCGCUAAGUAUAUUAUAUUUAAUCAUAAAGAUAAAGCGAAAGUAGAUAUUCUGUAUGAUAAGAAGAAAGCAAACUUUAGUUAAAAUAUGCACUGUUAAUUUUAAUAUACUUAAUUAUACACUUAUUUAAAUGUUUCUCCACAAUGCUUUUUAUAAAUUAGACUCGACGACGUAUUUUCUAAAAAUGACGUACUUUGUUUAAGAUUAAUUAUAGAUAACUGUUAUUUAAGUAAGCAAUCUUGUAAACUUUUUAUUAUAAACUUUAAUAGCAAUUGUAAUUAUUAUUUGGCGCAAAAUAACAAGAACAAUAACACGCAGUAAUGAAAUGUACGAGUUAUACUUUUAUGAUAUAAAUUCACGAAUCUGUGCUAAUUACGAGUGUAAUUAUAACAAUACAUCCUGUAAUGUUAUAGUUACUUCCCGAACUCUUUCAAGAGUUGAAUAAAAAUCCAUAAAAACGUGUCCUUGAAUUUAA